GUAGAGUUGUGAUGUGGUAUAAGUUGUGCUAUUCAAAUUAAAUUUAUUUUUCAAAACGAGUUUUUACAUUUGACGGCGUUGUUAUGGGGUAGUUUUUGAUCACGGUAGAAAUGUUACGGGACUUGAUUUUGUCGGUAUAAUUGAUCAGUAUACUUUUUUAUUACCCUUGGAAAGCUAGAAAUCUGUUUCUCGCAAAAACGCUGAUGUCACAAUAAAAUCGAUGUUUCUCGUGAGUUACACAUACGAAUAUACCGUUAAAUAUGACAUCGUAAUCCGUAAUAACGCUUUUAUAUUUUAAAAGGUCUUCGAAUAAUUGAAUUCAGUCUUUAUGUAAUCAGGUUUUAUCUUCCCUAACAUAUACAGUUCGUAAUUGUUUCAACCAACUGGUUACGUUAUUUCACUAGUAAAGAUGCAGCAAGCGAUGAUACGUUGCAAUGGAGUCCAGACUCACGUUUUGACAGAAGGACGCUGGGUUGAGGAAGGACUUGAUCCUAAUGGGAAAAAAGAUCUUGUAUUAGUUAUACCUGGUAAUCCUGGAAUACCAAGUUUUUACGAGGACUUUGCAAAAGCUCUGAAAUCUAAAUUACCAAGCGAAACACCUGUGUGGGUUGUGGGCCAUGCCGGACAUGUUCAACCACCCAGUAAUUUAUGGUAUUCACCGGAUGACAGGGUAGAGAGGAACAAAUAUAAUUUGGAUGGACAACGAAAGCACAAGACGGAGUUUUUGAAGCAGUACGUUCCCAAAGAUGCCAGAAUUCAUUUAGUUGGACAUUCCAUUGGAUCUUGGUUUACACUUAAACUUCUUGACGAUCCAAACUACACGGACCAGAUUGUAAAGAGUUACAUGCUUUUCCCAACCAUAGAACGCAUGGCAGAGAGUCCAAGUGGAAAGUUUUUGACUGGAAAAGUCUUGCCAAUAUCAUCCUUCAUCGUUUUUCUCUCUUGGUUGUUGUCAUUCGUUCCGAAUAUACUGACGGCUCUUCUUGUUCGUGUAUUCGGAGGUUUGUUUGCAGGUGUUACAAACAAAAGUGUAAAGCCUGUCAUGCAGCUUUUGGAUCCUUCGGUACUACGACGAGUGUUUAGAAUGGCAAAAGACGAGAUGGGUCAAGUGAGAGAACGAGAUGACGAAGCCAUUGAGAAACAUGAGAAGAAGCUCUGGUUGUAUUACGGAGCAACCGAUAGUUGGACACCAAAGAAAUACUACGAAGAACUUAAAUCUCGACACCCCAACGUCGAUGCUCAAAUUUGCAAGCGAGGAUUCAGACAUGCUUUUGUUUUACAAAAAGAUGAUAUAGAACUUGGUCACAUGGUCGGUGAAAUGAUCAAUGCUACGAUUAAAUAAUGAAUUAGAAAUUAAAAGACUUAA